AUGUCCAUUUCAAGCGCUCUCACUCUCACCCCAGCCGAAGUGGCUGUUGCUCUGGUCGAGCAAGCUGUAGCCAAGCACAACACCCGGUUGGACAAGACCUUCUUCAAGGCGGUCCUUGCGGGUGUUAUGUUGUCCUUCGGCGGCCUCCUUGAUCUUAUUAUUAGUGGUGGCUCUCCAGGUCUGACAGCUUCGAAUCCAGGAAUUGUCAAGGUCCUUGGCGGUCUCGUAUUCCCUGUCGGACUCGUUAUGAUUGUGCUCCAGGGUUUUGACCUACUCACCAGUAAUCUUAUGAUCUUCCCCAUGGCUGCAUUGAAGAGAGCGAUUCCCUGGUGGGGCGUUCCCCUCAACUGGAUUGUUGUCUUUUUCGGAAAUCUCGUUGGCAGUCUGUUCUUUGCAGCAAUCCUUUCGAAAUACGAUGGGCUAAUGGUGAAUGAUCCCUAUGCCUCAUACGUAAAGUCAUUCGCUAUUACGAAAGCCAUCACACCUGCCUGGUAUCAGAUUCUCCUUCGCGGCAUUGGUUGUAACUGGCUUGUUUGCAUAGCCGUUUGGCAAGGAAUGGGGGCCAAAGAAACUUUGUCGAAAAUCAUAGCUAUCUGGUUCCCCGUCUGGGUCUUCGUGUCUUGCGGCUUCGACCAUGUUAUCGCAAAUAUGUUUUCACUCCCGUUGAGCAUUAUGCUUCACUCUGAGCUUACGACCGACCUGUACAUUCGCAAGUCGCUAAUUGCGUCUUUGAUUGGUAACAUUAUUGGAGGUCUCUUCGUGGGCCUACCAGCUGUGUAUUUCUAUCUUGACGACUGGCAUGCCGGUGGCAUGCGUGAUGCAGAGGAGGCCCAGAUAGAGCGCAAAUACUCGGGGCCUAGUGACUCAGAAAAGUCCGCAUAG